AUGAUCUUCAUGGCACAACAUACAAAAGUUCCAGUGCCUAAAGUGUACGCCUGUUAUACACACGGUCCUAUUGACCGUGAUCCCGGCGACUACGGGGGUCUUUACGAUACUUACAUCUUCAUGGAUUUUAUUGAAGGCGACACCCUCCACACAGCAUGGGAUACCUACGAUGUCACUACUAAAACCCGUAUCUCCACACAGCUUGCGGGGUAUAUCCAGGAGAUGCGUGACCUACCCAGCGAGGGCUAUAUAGGCUCUCUUGACCAUGGACCUGUUUCUGAUCACUGUCUAUCGACUUCUCUUGAUAAAGGACCCUUGAAAUCCGAGGAGGAUUUCAAUACAGCACUUCUUGAUACGUAUCGAAAAGCAGCACCAAAGCGCCAUAUUGGGAGUUUCCUUAAUGGAAUGCUUCCUGCUUCCCAUCGGGUUCUCUUCGCGCAUGGUGAUCUUCGGCUUCAGAAUAUCAUUGUUAAAAAUGGUAAUGUGGCUGCUAUUAUUGACUGGGAGCUUAGUGGAUGGUAUCCUGAAUACUGGGACUUUGCAAAAGCUUUGCUUAUUUGGGGGUGGCAGAGUGAUUGGAUGGAUUAUGUAGUGCGGAUUCUUCAGCCGUAUCAUGCUGAGUUUCUUAUGCAUAAUAUGAGUGGACAGGCUGCUAGCUAUUAUAACGAGGGUGGCCCUCAGGGUCAGCCUCAACCCUACGCAUAUGAUCCCAAUAACUAUCAACCAAAUGUUCAACCCGCACCAUACCCGCAGCCAAAUUACCAACAACCCGCCUAUCAGCAACCAACCUAUCAGCAACCAGCCUAUCAACAACCUGGACCUGAGCCCAAACAACAGUAUCAGCAAAAUGUCCCAGAGUCUGGAUACACCUUUGACCAGGCAUUCAAGGUCGAAAAGCCCAAGUGGAAUGACCUAUGGGCAGGUCUCUUGUUGAUCGCCGUCUUCCUCGGGUAUGCCGCUGUGUCCGGACUUACCAUCCACAAGUAUGCCACCAACAAAGGUUUUAAUGGAGGAGGUAUCUACGACUCGGCCAAUGAUUUCUCGCUCGACACCAACACCCUCGUACUAUUUAUCUUCGUCCUCUGCGUCGCUCUAGUUCUAUCCUGGCUCUAUUUCAUGGGCGCAAGGUACUUCACCAAGACCUUCAUCUGGGCGACCGGUAUUCUCAACAUUGUCUUCGCUCUCGCAACCGGCAUCUACUACAUCGCACGCAAGCAAUAUGGAGGUGGCAUCGCAUUCCUACUCUUCGGUGUUUUCGCAAUCAUCUGUUUCAUUAGCUGGAUCCCGCGUAUCCCCUUCACGGCCUUUAUGCUGCAGACCGCCAUGGACGUAGCCCGCGGCUACGGACACAUCUUCCUAGUCAGCGCGGUAGGCGGAAUAGUCACAGUCGCCUUCGCAGCCUGGUUCUCCGUCACUCUGGUCUCCAUCUACGUCGCCUACGAACCGGAUUCCUCUGGCGGUAUCAACCCGGCCUGCGCGAACGGCGGCUGCAGCAGAGCGAAGGUCAUCGGGCUCGCUGUCUAUGUCACCUUCGCUAUGUACUGGUUCAGUGAGUGGAUCAAGAACACCGUGCACACUACCGUCGCUGGUGUCUACGGCUCGUGGUAUUUCUUCAGCAAGUCCGCCGGCGGUAUGCCCAAGGGCUCGACCCGUGGCGCAUUCCGUCGCGCGACUACAUACUCCUUCGGCAGUAUAAGUCUGGGAAGUCUAAUCAUCGCGUUCAUCAACAUGUUGCGACAGGCAUGCUCGAUCGCACAGCGACAGGAGGCCGGACAGGGUAACCUAGUCGGCAGUAUCUUCAUUUGGAUUUUGGGAUGUUUCAUCUCGUUGCUGGACUGGCUCGUUACUCUGUUCAACCGCUACGCGUUCUGUCACAUCGCCUUGUACGGAAAGGCGUAUAUCCCUGCUGCAAAGGAUACCUGGACUAUGAUGCGCGACCGAGGAAUCGACGCGCUCGUACAAGACUGCCUGAUUGGUCCGGUUUUGACUAUGGGCUCGACUUUCGUCGCUUACGUCUGUGCUCUGCUAUCCUAUCUCUAUCUGCAGUUCACAAACCCCGAGUACAACAGGGAUGGUAACUUCACCGCCGUCAUCAUGGCUUUCGCUUUCUUGAUUGGUCUCCAGGUCUGUCAGGUCUUCAUGACUCCCAUUGGUAGUGGCGUUGAGACUAUCUUUGUGGCUAUGGCUUGGGAUCCUCAAGUCAUGAUCAAUGACCACCCGGAUAUCUACUACAAGCUUGUGCAACUUUACCCUAAGGUUCAGCAGGCAGUCCAUGCUUGA